AUGGCUGCUGCACUUGUUGAAGCGAUGAGCGAGUUGACCCUGAAAGAACCGGAGGCUCAGAAGGAAUCGAUCAUGGUGGAGUUCAAGGUUGCUGGCCUGAAGAGCUUUCAGCUGGAGUGUGCGCGUGAUGCUGCUGUCCGUGACGUCAAGAAGCUUGCAGUGGACGAGUGCAACAUUGAGCCUGAGCACAUGCGCCUGAUCUACAACAGCCGUCAGUUGAAAGAUGGCGACACCUUGGAGAGCUACAAUGGCGAUGCGCCCAUCCAGGUCUUCUUCACAGCAGGCCACACCGCCAUGAUGGGUGGUGUUGGAGGAACGGGAGGGGGACCUCGCGGUGGUCAUGGUGCUCAGCCGCAGAAGCACCCCUUCUCCGCACCUGUGCGGGGCCUGCCCGGAUCAAAGGGUUUGCGCUCCUCUCGCGUCUCUGGUCGUCCUGGCGGUAUGGCGCUGAUCCGCAAGUACGGUAUCAUGAUGAAGCGCCAGGAAUUCCGUGAGAAAGCAGAGGAGAUUGGCUUCAUCAAGUACCGCUGA